GGUGAACAAGUAAACGCAUGAGGCAUGACGCGAGCAUUGAUUCUGUGGAAGAUAAGACGAGCAGUUGUUUUUCCCAGAUUAGUAUUUUGUUUAUUUAGUUCAUCUUGUGAUUAGUAAAGCAAAGUAGAUGUGCCUAUUUUGAAGAUCGUCCCAUGCUAGAUCAAUGGAAAUGACAGCAAAACGCUUGCGUGGGAAAAUGCCAUGUGGUGUGUGUGUGUCACUAGACUCGCCGAGUCGCCGUCGUAGAUAGUUAUUCAAUCGUCGGAACAACGAUGUAAUAAGGAGGAAGCUAGAUGAAAUGUUACAGAAAAGCUUGAUCUUUCUUGUGCAACGGGUUGUUGAUUCGAGCCCAGUUUGUUCACGUUUUCUACUCAACGGCCAAUAUUGAGAAUGGCCAACAACUUGCUGCUGAUCGGAUUUGCAAUCCUCUACGUUGCCACAGGCAUAGCUAUUGGUGUUGGUCUUUAUUACGCCGGUUACAACAACGCCAGUCAAUCGAUGUCAGGUUCAGCCAAUAAACGCGAUGUUUUCCAAUAUUUACAAGACGAAUUUUCAUCUGCACAAAUUGAAAGUUUCCUUAAACAUCUGAGUAACGUUCCUCAUUUAGCUGAAACAGAACAAGACCGUCAACAGGCUGAAGGCCUACGCGAUCAGUUUCUCGAUUUCGGUUUGGACCAGGUCACCGUAGUUCCAUACCAUGUUCUACUAUCUUAUCCAGACAUGAAAAAACCGAAUAAGGUGUAUAUCGUUGAUAGCAACGGUGUAGUCAAUUUCACGUCUUCGGGUAAACAAACGCCAUUGUACUCCCCAGAAGAGAAGUCAAGCCUUGUGGCGCCCAAUUUCAAUGCUUACUCUGGAACUGGAACUGUUACAUGCGACGGCCUAGUCUACGUUCAUUUUGGACAGGAAGCUGAUUAUGAGUAUUUGGCGGUAUUUGGCAAAAGAGGAAUCGACGUUAGUGGCAAGAUCGUGUUGGCUCGUCGCAAGCGUGCAUCAUUUCGGGGAAACAUUGCAAAUCUGGUUGGAAAAAAGGGGGCUUCAGGAGUGUUAUUAUACUCUGAUCCCAAGGAGUUUGCCAAGAAAGGGAGGAAUGAAACGUAUCCAGAUUCAUGGUGGAUGCCGGUUAUGGCCGUCCAGUCUGGCACCAUUAUGCUUGGAAACGGAGAUCCCAUAACUCCAUUUUCCGGAGAUCUGCAUAAGCAUUUCGUAAAAAGGUGUAGGAAUUGUUUAAGAUAAACUAAAUUGGUUUUUUUAUGUCGGCUGUAUAUAGAAAGCGCGUAUAGGAUUCCUCAAUCACAGGCCGUGUUGCCCAACAUCCCAGUGCAACCGAUAAGUUAUGACGAAGCAUAAACCUUAUUACGGUUAGUAAUACGAGGUCUUGAUGUUAGCAGGAUGCCUUGAAUUUACUUAUAGGUUCCAGUUACUUUAAAUGUGAAAUGCUAUCCCCGCUCUUUUGUUUUAUGGCUUUUCCUAUUUGCGGGUCAUUGAAAGGGAAGGAAACACCAGCCGAAUGGUGGGGCAAUUUAAACACCACACUUCUUAGGUCCUGAAUUCCGGUUAAUGAAUUGGACAAUUAAAAUGGAAAUUCUCAUGGCCAAUAAAAUAGCAACAGUAUACAAUACAAUCGGCAUAUUACACGGCCGUGAAGAACCAGAUCGUUACUUGCUAGUCGGAAAUCGCCGCGACGCUUGUAUUCUGGUGCUCUUGAUCCAUCUAGCGGAACUGCGUCUAGAUGGAGAUGACCAGAGCUUUCGGAAAAGCGAAACUUGAUUACAGUCAAAUAUUCGUCUGUUAAAUUUGGAAUCUUUCACUAAACAUCUUUCUUAUUUCCCUCAAAUAGGUUGGCGUCCAAGACGGAGUCUUAUCUUCUGUAGUUGGGGAACCGAAGAGUACGGCCUAAUUGGCUCCUAUGAAU